AUGGAUGAAAAUCCUUUGAACGCCUGUGAAAUAUUGAAUGUAAAACUCUCGGAAAUCAAGCAAAUCGUUGAUACCCUCCAUCAGUACAGCACGGAUAAUGACAUUCCAGAUGUUUUUGAGGGCGCUCAACAGAUUCUUCAAAAUUUAUUACCAGAAAAAAGUAACUUUGCUAUAAGUCAAGAGGAGCAAGAAUUAAAGUUUGAUGAAUUAGUUUCCAAAUUAGAGAGAGAUUUCAUAGCAAAACAUGAUAAAGAAGUUGAAAAAAUCAGUCAAACAAUAGAUACCCUCCAGAAAUCAAUUAUCGAUGAUGAUCAAGAUAUACAGAAGAUAUUGAAAGAUGGACAGCUAUUUCAGCUCGCAGAAGUUGGAAAAUUAACUAAAUUUUACAAUCAAAUCAUGCAAGAUAACGAAAAAGAUUUUAAUAGUCAUAAAAGCACCUUCACACAGCGCGAAAAGGAAAUCUAUGCCAAAUACGAAAAAGACUUAGCAGAAAAAUUAGGUCAAGUUUCAGCGGAAAAUACAGGAAAGAUCGAAGAGAUUACGAACAAAAUCAAUACUAUGCAGCGUGAAUUGCAAUCUAUGAUUCAUCAGAAGCACCAACAGAAUACAAUUAAAGCAGAUUUGAUCGCAGAAGAAGAUCGAAGAAUGGCGACUGAGCAUGAACAAAUUUCUCGUGAAUAUCAAACUAGAAAGAAUACUGCCGAUGACAAAAUCAAAAGAUUUACAGAAGAACUUUCAAAAAUUGAAAAAUCAAUUGCAAACGAAUCCCAAUCAGCUACAGAAAAAAUCCAAGCCAUGGAGCAAGCAAUGAUGAAUGAAAGAAACCUCGUUGUCGAGAAACAUAACAAGUCUUUGGAAGAAUUACAAAAUACUUUUCAAAGUCUAUCAACAGAGCUCGCAAACAAGCAAUCGUUGAUAGAAAGUGAACAUUCACAAGCUGUUACAGAACUCAAGAAGGCCGAACGUGAAGCAAAACGUAAAAUCGAGAAAGAACAAAAUGAAACUGAAGAAUUAAUAACAGCUGCAAGAGUUGAGAUCGAAAUUAACUAUAGGCCACGUAUAGAAUCAAUGAGGAAGAUCAUUGAAGACACAGAAAACCAAAGAGGAAAAGAAUUGGAAAUAUUAAGACAACAAAUCUUGGCUUCCAACGAAGAGAGCGAAAAAUCAAUUGCUAUUGCUUGCUCCCAUUACCAAGAUGAGAGCGACAGAGCGAAAAUGGCAAUAAAAGAACUCAAAGACGAAUUAAAUUCUUUGAAAGACGAAAAGAAGGCAGAUUUGGACGAAUUAACCAAAACUCUUCAGAUAGAAGUUGGUAAAGUAUUAUCUGAAGCUGAUGAAACAGAGAGAAAGCAUAACGAAGAAGUGAAUAAAAUUAUGCAAAAAUUUGAUGAGCAACAGAAGUAUCUUACAGAGCUGCAUAGGGUCUCAGUAGAAGCGCAUGAUAAAAUGAGAGCUGACGAACUGGCGAGACUUAAGCAGGAACACGAACAAAGAAAGAAUCAACUUAUUUUUAAGUUAGAACAACAAGCAAAGAUCGAUCGCGAGACACUUUUGGCAUCUGCUAUUGAAGCAGAAAACCAGAGGCAUAACAAUGCGAUUGUAAAUUUGAAAGCAAGAAUUGUUGAAUUGCAAUCUCGUAUUGAACUGCUGAAUAUGAAGUUCGAAGGACUUUAUUCUGUUCACGGACAAAGAAUCGAGGAACUCCAGAGAGAUUCAACUGAAACAAGUCUCAAGAUGGAGAAUAUUUCUGAAACAAGUUCUUUGGCAUCAACAAGAACCCCUGCAAAUUCAGAACAGACCCCUAAUAAGGAAACUUCCCCGGAGGACGAAGAGCUCCAAAGCGCGAAAGCACUCGAAGAAGAAUUAAAUAAACGCAAAGAAGAAGAAAAGAAGAAAGGAGAAGCUGAAAUCGAAGAAAUCAAAUCUUAUUCCAUGAAAUUAAUGAACGAAACACAGGAAUUUAACAGGACAAAGGCAAGAAUUCUAACUGAAGUUGACGAAAUUAAUAAGAAUUUCGCUUACAUCCGAGAAGAUUUCGAAGAAAAAAUGUUCCAGAUCAAAACUAAGUUCCUUGCUCAGAAAUCAACCUAUGAUUCCAAGUCCAGAGACAUGGAGAUUGUUUCGCAGUCAUUGCAAAACAAAGUUGCCGAUCAAGUUGUCAAAAUUGAAGAAUUAACUCAAAUUGCUGACAGAAAAGAAGACGAAGCGACCAAAUUUGAGCAAUCCAUACCCGACCAAGAAGAGGAAUUCCGCGAGCAAACGAAGAAAUCCUACACAGAAGAUCUCGAAAUUGCGAAAUCUCAGCCAGACAACUUUGAAGAGAAAGUCAGAGCAGUUACAGAUGAAAUGCAUGAGAAGAUGUUCGAGAUUACCAAGCUCAUUGAAGCUGAAAAGGUCAAUACCGAGAAGAUUUCUAAAAUGCUGAUGAAUGAGCGAAAAGAAAUCUUCGCCCAAGUGGAGAAAGUCAUCCGGACAGAGUUCAAAGACAGAAAGAAAAUCUUCUACAAGAACUACGAGAAAGUCAUCGCAAAAAUGGACGAAGAUUUCAACGAAAAAGAGAAAUUGCAUCAAAAAGAAAUGGAUGAUUUAGAGAUGCAACAGAGAGUACAAAAGGCGCAAUUCAUAGACCAGCACAGGAAACUGAUGCUCGACAUGGAGGAAGAGAAAGAGAGAGUGCUAAAGGAAUCACAGGCCUUGGACAAAGAAAUUGCAGAUUUGGAUACAAUGGAAUGCCCUCAAUGCAUCAAAAAGAAGGCAAGUAUAAGGAUGCUACUACAACAAAGAGAUGCUUUGUACAGUAGACUUGGCGUUGCUGCUGAAAAAUUGGAAGAUUCGGAUAAAAAAGUUGGUUCUCUCUUCAAAGAUGUUAAAAGAGCAAAGGUUUCAAGGUCAAUGCUUGAUAGCUUGAAGGCUUCUCCAAAGGUUUUAAUUCCAAAACCUCCAAUGAUCAGAUUAUAA